UGUAAGAAUCUCUUAGGGGUUGAACCUCGUACAGGGUGACAUCUGACCCCCACGUUAUAAAUCUGUUCGGUAUCGGAGACCACUGUAUUUCCAGUUUUCCAGACAUGUUUACAUGCCUGAAAUAUCACAAGUUAUUUAAAAACUUUGUAAACAAACUUGUAGGUUAUGUUCUGUUAUCGAUUGUCAAGUGUUUAAUUUCGUAAUCCCAUGUAAAAACAAUUGAACAGGUGGCAUACUUACGAUGGAAGAUCUCUGAUGUUUCCAAACGAUGCAACCCUGGAGAUUUUUUUAAAUUCUCCUUCGAGAUCCAUAUUUAAGAAGUGACAUUUAACAACCGUGUGCUAACCUUAAAAUGUGUUUUGUUUCCACAAUACUUGGGUAAACCACCAAAGCAACAUGUAUAAAUUACCUAUAGGUUAUAAACUUUAGUUAUAACUAUAGUGCCAGUGAUAUUACAAAAUCAUAAACAAUUUAAGUACAUACACAAAGUGUGUAGUUUUAAUAAUAAAUUAAAAUGGGUACUUUUUAUGUUCAACAAGAGGGGCCUCUAAGCGCUUUAGCUUUAAAUAGGGACAAUACACAGGUUGCUGUAGGAGGCAGAAACGUUUUUAAGGUGUAUAGUAUAGAAGAAAAUAAAUUUAAAGAAAUAAUCAACUUGAGAGCCUCAAAACAUCUGAAUCAAGGCUUUUCAUGCAAUGACAUAUCUUGGAGUGCCCUGGAUGACCAAUAUUUGGCCACUGCGGCAACAAAUGGACAUGUUUGUGUAUGGAAUCUCAUGAAAAGCGGGAAAGCCAUGCAAGAACAAGACUACCAAGAUCACAGACGUACUGUGAACAAGGUUAAUUUUCAUGCCACAGAACCAUUUAAACUGAUAUCUGGUUCUCAGGAUGGCACAAUGAGAUAUUUUGACAUUAGAGUUAACAGUGCUGUGUCUGUUUUUAUCAGUAAUACUGAGAGUGUUAGAGACGUGCAAUUCAGUCCACACAACCCUUUUGCCUUUGCUGCUGUGUCAGACAAUGGCAGUGUACAGUUAUGGGAUAUCAGAAAACCCGACAGGUUGCAACAGCAAUUUACCGCCCACAGUGGACCAGUAUUUGCUUGUGACUGGCAUCCAGAAGCAUCUUGGCUUGCUACUGCCAGUAGAGACAGAACUAUAAAAGUUUGGGAUUUGCAAACAAACAAACCUACAUUAGAAUACACGAUACACACAAUAGCUUCAAUAGGUCACGUAAAGUGGCGCCCUCAAAGGAAAUUCCACAUAUCCAGUUGCGCUCUCGUGGUGGACUGCAGUAUUAAUAUCUGGGACGUUAGGAGGCCAUACAUCCCAUUGGCGACGUUCAACGAGCACAGAGAUAUUGCGAGUAGAGUGGCUUGGAAAGGAGAACCACAUUGCUUUUUGAGCAGUUCUAGGGAUUGUACUUUAUACCAACACAACUUUAAUGAUGCCAACAGGCCUGCUAGCAAAGCUAACCCCCAAAGUGUUUGUUUUAACAACAAAGGUGAAGUUCUCUUCGCCCAAAAAGUUCCUAUAGUUGUCACUAGUACUGUUACCUCGAAUCCCAUAACCAAAGCCACCAGUAUGAUGAGGAAAAUAUCAAAUACCCAAUCGUUUGAUACUUUUCAUCAAGCAUCAAGUACUUUGCAAGAAUUCACUGGUAUCAAUAAAGGUAGUACGCAACCGCACGAUGCCGAUAGCGAAUUGUUCGUCAAUUUGGCGAAGAAAUACGUUUUGCAAGGCAGGAGUGUGUCUGAAGUAUGCGAUCACAAUGCGGCUGUGGCACGGGAAUAUGGAAAAUCAUACAUGUAUGUAAUAUGGAAGAUAAUAAAAACGAUGUACGGAGAGGAAUUCAUACAAAAUUCAAACUUCACCGACUGCUACGAACCUGACUUCAAAGAAGAAGACGAAGAGUCUCCUGAGGAGGACAAUAGAAACGAUAAAAACAAACCGCAAACGCCAAUAUUGGAACUGGAAGAAGAAUACGACCAACUUUCGUUGUGUGGCGAUACGCCACUGGCCCAGUUCAGUGGCGGAGAUGAAAGCGGCGAAACCGAGAACGAAGACCAGGUGGACCACAUAGGGAUCUACAAUUAUAUCAAUUUUAGGUCCUGUUUGCCCAAGGGAGACUUUUCCUUCGGCGAAAAUGAGCUCGAUAUGGAAAUCGACGGCAUCAGCACAGGCUCUUUUUCAGAAUAUCACAACGGUUUUAAAAGCUACAAUCAAAUAACCCCUCAGGAGCUAAAAGACGCAGACUAUUGCGCAUUUCCGAGCGAGGCUUUCCCGAUACGCCACGAAAUCCGGGACCGGUCGCCUCCGCCGGAGCAAUUCCCGAACCGAAUAUCGCCGGAACUGCCGGAAGAACCCAUAGCGACCAUUAUAGAGGAACCGCUGUCGAUGCACACGCUGUGCGUCAAGAAACCGAAGAAGAAAUCCGUAUGGGAUCCUUCCAGUUUGGUGAUAGACGCGUUGAAGUUCCACGCCGACAUGGGCGACGUGCAAUCAGCGGCGUGCAUACUCAUUGUGAUAGGGGAGAACAGGAAAAAACUCGAAGGUUUGAAGAAGCACGUGCAGGAAGUUUGGCUGUUGGGCUACAUAGAGCAACUCAACCGGUACAAGCUGUGGAACGAAGCGGCGCGAGUGAUUAAGUUGGCGUGGUUGCCGUCUGUGUACUCCCUUAAUCAGCAAAGCACGAGGAUAAACACGAACUGCACCAAGUGCUCGAAACCCCUGCAAAGAACUGGGUGGCUGUGCGACAGGUGUCACUCCUCUGAACCGGCUCUAUGUUGCAUUUGUCACCAAGUUUCCAAAGGGUUGUACUCUUGGUGCCAAGGCUGUUCGCAUGGGGGCCACGUUGCGCAUUUGAAACAGUGGUUUGCCACCAACAAGAAAUGUCCCACUGGUUGUGGACACUCCUGCGAGUUUGGCUGAUAUUUUUUAUAUCGCUUUGACCGAACAUCGUAUACUGUAUAUAUAUCACGAAAGAUUUAAUUUAUUAAAAAGUUAUAUUAUGCCCAGGCUUUUACUUGCUUCUCCUUUCAGAUAUUUUCAA